AUGUCCACAAAUCUAGCCGCAAUAGAUUCUUUCCUCACCGCAACAAUCCUCUCACAAACUCCUCUCACAUACUCUGUCAACAUUGCCCUAUACAGCUAUCUCACAACCCACACCUCAGAUCUCGCACUUUUUCUCACCUCCCACAGAGAAAUAUACUUCAGUCGCUUCGAAUACUACACCAACCGUCUCACAACCUUCAUCCAAGCUAUUACCCCUCAUGCGCUUUCGAGCAGCGCUCAAGCUUCCUCCUCCAGCAGUACCCAGCCAAAAUCGAAAGGGUCAGGGUUCACAGCAGGUGCUCAAACGGUACUUCCAAUUCCAGAAACAUUUAUCACAAACCUCAUCCAUCCCCUCUUUAAGUCAGCCUCCUCCUCUGUGGAUGAAAGUCAUUUUUUCUGUAGUAUAGAAUUCUUGGAUCUUAUUACGGCAGUGCUGGAACUCUACAUCCCACAAGCUUUGAAUUCAAAAGCAUCUCUGAAGCCACUCAGUUCAGUUCUAGAAUUUCUGUUAUAUAUUCCUGACGCGACGCCCAGCGUCGGGUUACUCGAGCGCCUCAUCUCCUCAAAGGCAGGCGGAGACGUGCUGAAGAAGCUGAUGGCAUCGAAGAGUACCGUGGCAAAGGUUUUCAAUUCUCGACUGCUAGAGUUCUAUACGUGCCGUGUCACUCUACUAGUGGGAUCGUGUUUGGUAUCCCACGGUACGAGUGUCGAGGGCGCUCUAUCAGACUGGGUAGAGAUUGUAAUCCUCAAAUCGGUGCUAGAGGACUUUGAGAAGCAGCUGGAGGCACAUAAUCUACGCCCCACACGCAUAACUGGAGAUCCAAAGAAGGCUCUAAAAAAGCAGAUGAAAGCUGCACAACAACUCCCAAAUCUAGAAAACAUGCGUGCGCUAAAACCAAAAACGGCAGCCGAUCUAAGAAGCCAAAACAUCUUCUCCGCCCUAGCAGUGGAGGAACUAGCUGAAGAGCUAUCGACACGGUUACCGCCGCAAGGUCAGGUUAUCGAGAUACCAAGACCGCAGCUAGAUGAACACUCCUUUACCACGCUUCGGAGGCUGUUGGGCAAUAAUGUAAAAUCGCCGCAGUCAGUUCCGGAUGUACAGGAAGCGUUGAAGACGCUGAAAACACUGAUAACUUUCCAGACACUGGAAAAGAUCUUUGGGAGUUUUCCGUGUGCUUCGUGUUGUAAAGUGUGCGCCGGGGAUGUGGUAAGAGGAAAAGGUUUCUAUGAUGUGGAGCCGGGAAUUAGGCUUCCGGAAAGGAGCAACGUAGAACGUAGUACUGUCGCCCCGGAGAUAGUCUAUCAUAUAGGCGGGAGUUUGGCAGACAAAGAAAAACUCAAGGACGGAAAGAGCAAAAGCAGUAAAAGCAAGGGAAAAGAAAAAGUCAAAAAACCCGAAGAACUAAGCCAGGCCGAAAAAGCCGAUGAAGCAAAAUCACCCCCACCACCGGAAUUAUCAGGAGGUCAAGAGCUAUAG